AUGCAACCCUGUUCCGCGUCCGCUCCCGCUUUGGCCUCCGCUGCCCGCGACCAAGACCGUCUGGUGACUCCAGGGCCCGACUAUAUCAGCUAUACAGCCCAGCUGCUGCUCGCCUCCUCCACCCUUCUCGCCCAGGUCGGCACCUGCGCCGGCAUGGACCAGUCUCGACCCAGCCAAUCACACGACGCCUCCGACCAUUCCGCUCCUGACUGGCACCGUUCUCUAGAAAACCCGCCCACCUCGCGCUGGGCGAACGUCCGUGUUCCUGAUUGGCAACGCACCCGCGACGCGCGCCCUCCCUCCGCCGAAUCGGACGAGGAAAGGAGAAAAAGAAAGCCCCGAAAGCUGGAAGCACUGAUCCGCCGCCGCCCAGAAGAUACAACCAGCGGCCCACCCCGCUCGCUGUCGCCUUUCUCCUACCACCCCGCCCGCGAACUGUCACGGUCUGCCCCAGCCUCGCAACUUUCCUACCCCGACUCCAUCUCCGGACCCUCCACCAUGCCGUCGAGCUCUCACCACGACAUGCGUCCGUCGCCGCUGAGGGUGCCCUCGCGCCCCUCCGGCCGCAACUUCACUGCGCAGCCGCCCGCGCGAACCGUUUCCAGCGACUAUCCCACCAGUCCAGAAUACUUCUACCCUCUCUCCCCGCUUGACCGCCCGCGCUCCUCGUCUCACAACGGCGAGACUCUCCGUUCUCCCCUCCGUGCCGCUCGCACUUACCCCGGAACCCCUUGGGAAAGCUCACCAAACCGCACGGCCCAGGAGCAGCGCAGGCCAAGCACCGCCUUCGAAAGCGACGCUGAACUCCACCGCUUCGCCGAGGCGACAAGCGGCUUCGAUCCAUUCUCUCCUGUGCGCCAGGCGCGGCCCCUGAGCCAGGUUCUCUACAGAGAAUACUAUGCUCCUCGGGCACCACCGCCCCAGCAGCCCAACUCCCGUUCCCAACCUCUCCCGCAAUACCCCUUCGACCAGAACUAUUCCAUGGACCAAAACGUCGCCGUCACACGCUCUUCUGCGGACUUGGUCGCAGCAUUAAGAUCGCUGGAGGAAGACGACGACGACUACAGCAUGCCACCGGACGACGAAGAGCUCCCCGACUACGCCCAGAGUCAAUGGGAGGCUCAGAGCCACCAACGUCGGGCGGCUGCACGCAGAGCCGCCGAGUUGGAAAGACAGUGGAUGGAAGCGAGGCAGAGAAGAGGCUCACGAUGA